CCCUUCCCCCACCCAAAGCUAGAGGAACAUCUCCAGCCGGCCUCAGUCAGCUCAUACAAUUUACGUGCUACGUACUAGAUUGACAAGCUAACAAGGCGACUAAUAGCCAAUAUACUAAAUAGGUGUAUAGGUAAAGAUCGUCCGUCAUUACUGAACUCUGGGAAGGUUUCACAAGCCGAUGAUACCUUCCGAGCAACCAACCAGCAUAUAAUUCGGGUCCAUGUUCCCUCCCAUAUCCUCAAGUCAUCCAUCCGCAGGCUCAUCGCCACCAUGGCUCACGCAAACCCUCGACGAUUCGCGCCUCUGGGACACAAUCCAGGACAGCCAAAAACACAAUUACCAAAAUUGCAAGGCGUAAUAUUCGACGUUGAUGGCACUCUCUGUCUUCCCCAAAACUACAUGUUCGUGCAAAUGCGCUCAGUCCUGGGUAUCCCGAAAAGCAUCGACAUCCUCACGCACAUCUCCUCGCUGCCCACGCCUGCAGAGCGCGAAGCAGCCAUGGACUCGAUCCGCGCCAUCGAGCGCGAGGCAAUGUCCUCGCAGGUCGCGCAGCCCGGCCUGGCAACACUAAUGACAUACUUACAAGAGCGCGGGAUCCGCAAGGCGAUCUGCACACGCAACUUCGAGACGCCAGUAACGCACUUGCUAAGUAAGUUUCUGUCGGGGAUUGACUUCGCGCCGAUCGUGACGCGCGACUUCCGGCCGCCGAAGCCCGAUCCCGCGGGCCUGCUGUUCAUCGCCCGGUCAUGGGGGCUCGUGCGCGACGCGGAGACGUCCUCGAGCGCGCUGCUGGAGGCUGCGGCGCAAGGAACUGAGGCCGAGCGCGAGGGUGCGAGAGGGGUAAGUGAGACGGGGGAUCCGGAGGCCAAGAUAGAGGAGGUAGGCGAUGCCUCGACACUCAUCAUGGUGGGGGACUCUAUAGACGACAUGACGGCCGGCAGGCACGCCGGCGCGGCGACGGUGUUGCUCGUCAACAGUGAGAACGCGCACUUGGCCGAACACCCGCAUACAGACCUGGUCAUCAAGCGGUUAGAUGAGUUGGUCGGCGUCUUAGAGAGUGGGUUCGUGGGAAGGGAGAUGCCGAUAUCCUCUCCUUGAAGAAAUCGAUGAAAUUGUACGCAAUGGGAGACAUCCAUAUAACCCAAAACAACCAAUAUCCAUGAGCGGAGUUGGAACAGUAGAUAUUUGUAUAUACAUACAACAUAGCAAGACAUAGAACUGAGGUUUUGCACGGAUCUUACCUAGUAGCUAAGUGUAGAUCGCGGAGACCUUUCAAUCGUGCUCAUAACAGCGCGGUAUAGGUAAGAUGAAGCUUAUUCAC